AUGCGGAAAGGUGUGAUCGAUGUUGGGCUAUACAAUAACACUCCCAAGGAGCUGUUUAUCGGACAAGUUGCAAUUCUUGGAGGAUGCUCAUCGUGGUUAAUGAUAGCGACAUUUUCGCACUUACCAGUGUCAACAACACAUAGCAUUACAGGAGCAACAGUCGGUUUUGGGCUGUUGAUGAGGGGUGCGCAUGGCAUACACUGGUCAAAAAUCAUCGAUAUCAGUUAG